UACGUCAUUCUAAAAUAACCGGCAGCAUUCACAAACAAAGAAAAAACAAAUUUCCAUGGACUGCAUCAUGACAACAUAAAUAUAUAGUUGAACACUCGCCUUAUUCCCAGAUAUCCGUGAUUUUUGCCACUUCUGAAAUGCUACGAGGGAUUGUCAACGAAGCGAGAACGAACAACUAUCCAGCAGUGAGCCUGAAGAAAAUCAUAGUCGGAGGGACGAUGAUCAGCGAAUCGUUAGGAACAGAGAUUUGCGAGUUCUUUGGUGUGAACUCGUUCGUAAACUUCUACGGUUUGACUGAAACCUUUGCUCUUAUAAGCUGCACUCCUGCUGGAAAAAUCCGCAUGGAUAACGUCGGCGUUCCUUGUGCUGGCACCAAAGUCCAAAUCCUCGACCUCUUCAACGGAGAUCCUCUCGGCCCCUAUCAAAAAGGCGAGCUUGUGGUUCAGAGCAAAACCCUUAUGAAGGGCUACUACGGUCGUCCGGAAGCCACUCAAGAAGUCCUGAGCAGUGAUGGCUGGCUUCGCACGGGGGAUCUUGGGUACUAUGACAGUAAUGGACAGAUCUACAUCGUAGAUCGGCUCAAGCAGAUGAUAAAAUGUAUGGGGAACAUUGUAACUCCUGCCGAGUUGGAAGAAAUCUUGACCACGCACGAGGCGGUUCUGGAAGCCGCUGUGGUCGGCAUACCCAGUUCGAAGUACGGGGAGGCUCCCGUCGCUUGUGUCGUUGUCAAGGGAUCCCAGGAAGAAUGCCUAGACAGUCUGGAACAAGAACUGAAAGAACUCGUAGCAGGUCAAACAUCGACCCACAAGCACCUGUACGGCGGCGUGGUUUUUAUGAAUUCUCUACCAAAAUCUGAAAGCGGAAAAAUUCUGAGGCAGGAGCUGAAAUCAAGGAUAAGUUCCGGGAAUGACUAG